AGCAUCAUAGCCAUAUAACCACCAACCCCCCUUCAUAUCACCAAAGACGCAGUGUACUCAGAUGGCCAUUGCAGCAGCAUCAAGAGCGUCUAAGAAAUGUCACAAAUAAACAUCGGAUAGAAGGUGGAGAAUCUGCAGGCGAAGAUAAGUGUGCCGAGCAUUCAUCCAAAGAGGAUUUAUGUUGAAACGAGGCUGUGAAUAGGUGCUAUUGGGUUGAUGACCGGCCGUAAAACACAGACGGGAGAGAUGAGGAAGGACAAAACAAAGGAAGGAGUAAAAGAGAGAGAGUGAAAUGGUGGUAGAUAAAGCACAAGACGGGGCCAUGAGCUCUGCGCCGCCGUACGACUCGCUACCAGCUCGGCCGAGCCCUUGCCGUGCAAAAGAGUGGGAAAGAGAGCUGCACGGUGCUCAAAGACUGUCUUCCCCACUUCGUCCUGCUUUACCCUCCACUUCCCGACGGCCUUCUGUGCUUCCUGGAUAUCUGCUGUCACCCUCCAGAGAGUACACUGACCAACAACGUCUUUCGUUAUCGCUGUGCUCGGAGGCCUCGCUGGCGCCCCCUGUGCCUGCUGUGGGUGCCGCCCCACCGUGCUGCCGGGCGGUGGGAGUCAUGCCCUUGCUGCGCCUUGCACUCCUGAUUUUCAGCUUCCUUUUUUGGGCUGCAGGUCUUGCAAUCUUCACCCUAGGUGUCUGGGCACAAGUUUCGCUGUCCGACUACAUGCUCCUCUCUGCAAACCGCUACCCAAAUGCGCCCAUCAUUUUGUUAUGCACAGGUGCUGCUGUGACAGCUUGGGGCUUUUUGGGAUGUUUGGGAGUGGCUGCCAACCUUCCUUACCUUCUGCGGGCAUAUGGCUUCUUCCAGUUGGCCACACUCAUGGGUGGACUAGCGUUGGGUCUUUCAGGGCUCUUUUACAGGGAGAAUAUUGCUGAAGGUUUCCGUAGCGGGCUUAAGAAAGCUGUUUUGGACUAUGGAGAAGAUGAGGGCCACGCAGAUGCGCUGGACAGCCUGCAGAGGGCGCUUGAGUGCUGUGGCGCCGAGGGUUGGCGCGAUUGGCUCAUGUCCGAUUGGGCUAUUCAAGAUUCUGUUUACUCAACAGGAAGUUCGGGGAAUGAUUCCUCCACUUUGUCAUUACCAGACAGUUGUUGUAUUAAACGUAAAGGCUGUCGCAAUAGACCCUUGCCAGAGAGUGGAUUCCGGAACAUCAAGCUCGCAGGGAUUCACACUCACGGUUGUUUCCUCAAAGUCUUCAGCUUGGUAAAUGACAACGUCUUUCAUAUUGCAGCAACAGUCCUGGGUCUUGCUUUCACACAGGUGGCAGGUAUAGCCCUCACAUGUCUGCUUGCCAAUCGUCUUUCACCCAGACUGCGAAGACGAGCCCGUUGAAAUAAAAAAAAAGCAUCAUGAAUUUGAUUUCUCUAGACUUUCAUAUACUUACUGCAGUUUCUUGAGUUCAGAUCAAUUUAGAAACCAGUUAACAUUUUUUGAACAAAUGCAACAAAUAAACACUGCAAGUGUGUUGUAAACGUUAUUGAAUGUCUAGUAAAGUAUGUGCAUUUUCUUAUAUAUAAUUAACUUUCUGAUUGUUGCAUGACUCUGAAGGACUAAUGUUUUUUGUCCAAUAGUCCAUUUAGCUUCCAUUACUGGCUUAAAUGUUAUUUAUAAAAAGUUAGAAAUUGUCUAUAUACCGUAUAUCGUAUUCUGUAAAUAGUUUUUCUAUUUAUGGCCCAUUAGAUAUGUUACACUGAUUGUGGAGUGCAUGGGGUUUCUAAACAGUAUACUGAUUUGCUCUUGAAUGCUUCACCGUCAGGUAAUUGUACAUUGAUUAUAUAAAUAUUGUCAAUUAAAAGAAAGAAAAAAAGACAAAAAUAUGUAUUGUUCUUAAAAAUAAACAUA